GAGCGGCCCCCUGCCCACCACGGCCCCCCGCCGUCAUGGGGUCUCCCUCCUGGAGAACCAGUUCGGUUGGUCCCUCGGUGCGCGGCUGCUGAGGACCUCGGGGCCCUCGUGCUCCACCCUGAGCUGCCCGGCGCCGUAGGCCCCCACGGGAGAGGCCCUUAGGGAGGGGGCCUGGCAGUGCCCGCGGGCCCGCGGCGAGGCGCGUCCCUACGAGCGUGCCAUGGAGGAGUUCCGGCACUGCUACAGCCGGCUGUGCCGGGAGAGCGGGGCCGAGCCCCAGGAGACUGUCCUGCAGAAACUGCAGGAGCUGCCGCGGGGCCGACUGGACCUGGCCACCCAGAGCCUGACGGUGGACACCUGCCGGGCCUUGGGCAAGCUGCUGCAGAAGGAGGCCCUGCUGACGGAGCUCAUCCUGAGCGACUGCAUGCUGAGCGAGGAAGGGGCCACACUGCUGCUCCAGGGGCUGUGUGCCAACACCAUUGUGCGGUUUCUAGAUCUAAAGGGCAAUAACCUCCAAGCUGCGGGCACUGAGGCUCUGGGACGACUUCUGCGACAGAACAAGUCCAUUCAGAGCCUCACCCUCGAGUGGAACAACCUGGGCACGUGGGAAGAUGCCUUUGCCGCCUUCUGCGGGGCCCUGGCAGGCAAUGGCACCCUCCGGCAGCUCGACCUCCGUAACAACCAGAUCAGCCACAAGGGUGCAGAGGAGCUGGCCUUGGCCCUGACCUGUAACGCCAGCCUCCAGCAGCUGGACCUGCGCUGGAAUAACAUUGGCCUCCUGGGGGGCCGGGCCCUGGUGAACUCUGUGCCCCGCAACAGAGCCCUGUGGAGGCUGGAGCUGGCUGGGAACAAUGUCCCAGGGGACGUCCUCAGAGCCGUGGAGCAAGCCAUGGACCGAAACCGGGAGCGGCAGACCACUUCCAGAGAGAACCAGGCCCGCACCCACGUGCUCAGCAAGGAGGUACAGCACCUCCAGGAAGAGAAGUCCAGGCAGUUUCUGGACUUGAUGGAGACGAUUGAUAAGCAGAGAAAAGAGAUGGCCAGGACCGGCAGGGCGUCGGCCGCACGUGUGGAGCAGCUUCAGGAAGCCCUAAAUGAGAGACAUUCGGUCAUCAAUGCCCUCAAGGCCAAGCUGCAGAUGGCGGAGGCUGCCCGGGCUCUGUCCGAGCAGAAGGCCCAGAGCCUGGGGGAGCUCUUGGCUGCCGCAGAGCAAGAGCAGCAGAGCCUGGCGCAGAGACAGGCGAAGGAGCACAGGCUAGAGCAGCAGGAGGCAGCAGAGCGGGAGUCUAAGCUCCUCAGAGACUUAUCCGCUGCCAACGAGAAGAACCUUCUUCUGCGAAACCAGGUGGACGAGCUGGAGCGGAAGGUGAGGUCUCGGCAGGAGCAGCUGUUCCUGGCCCGGCAGGAGCUGAGCAGCGUGACGGCGGAGCUGAAGAUGCGGGCCAGCCAGGCCGAGGAGCGUCUGGAAUUGGAGAAGAAACGGUCCCGACAGAGCUUGGAAGACUUGGAGCAGCUGCGGGCCAAGGAGGUGGAACACGUGACUCGUCACCUGGAAGACAGUGAGAGGGCCAUGCAGGAAAGGGUACAGAGGCUGGAGGCCUCGCGCCUAUCCCUGGAGGAGGAGCUGAGCCGGGUGAAGGCGGCGGCUCUCAGCGAGCGUGGCCAGGCUGAGGAGGAGCUCAUCAAGGCCAAGAACCAAGUCCGCCUGGAGGAGCAGCAGCGCCUGGCUCACCUGGAGGAGCAGCUGCGGCUGCUGGCGCGGGCUCGGGACGAGGCUCAGAGCGCCUGCCUGCAGCAGAGGCGGACGGUGGCCGACGCCCAGGCCCGGGCCAGCCAGCUGGGCCUGCAGGCUGAAGGCCUGAGGCGGCGCCUGGAGGAGCUGCAGCAGGAACUGGGCAACAAGGACCAAGAGAAGGCGGCAGAGGUGAGCAGGGUCCGGGUGGAGCUGCAGGAGCAGAAUGGCCGCCUGCGGGCAGAGCUGGCAGCCCAGGAGGCGCUGAGAGAGAAGGUGGCGGCCCUGGAGCGCCGGCUGAAAGUGAUCGCAAGUGACCACCGGGAGGCGCUUCUGGACAGGGAGAGUGAGAACGCCUCUCUCCGGGAGAAACUUCGGCUCAAGGAGGCAGAGAUCGCUCGGAUCCGGGAGGAGGAGGUCCAGAGGGCCAACCUCCUGCAAAAUGCUGUCCUGGCCUACGUGCAGGGGUCUCCUCUGAGAGCUAUGAGCCCCCAGAAGUGAAGGGAGGCAGGAGCCUGGGG